UUUCUAUACUUGAUCAUUCAUUCACUAUCAUCAAGUAGUAACAACAUAUCUUUAUUAAUAAUCAAACCCCCAUAAUCAAAUCAAUGGCAUCUAAUAAGAUAAUGAAUCGUUCCUCAAAUUCUUCUACGAAAUUCGAUUGGAAGAUUGAAAAUUUUUCAAAGGUGUCUCAUGAACUGCUUGACUCUGAUGUUUUCUCUGAUGUUUUCUCCGUGGGUGGUUUCAAAUGGAAAGCAAGGGUUUUUCCAAAGGGAUGGCACACGGUGCCUGAUCACUUAUCUUUGUUCCUAAUCGCCGAAGGCUUGAGAGAAUCGCUGAACAUGGAAGUCAGUUUUGCAGUUACUAGUCAAACGGAUUGCUCGAACACAAUGAAGAAAGAAAUAAAAUGCAAUAUCCCUGCAUAUAGUGCCGAAAUUUUUGCUGCGGGUAUUAUUGGUUGGGAAAAAUUCAUGCUUCUUAGUGAAUUCCAUGACCCUGCGAAAGGGUAUAUUGUGAAUGAUACUUGCAUCAUAAGAGUUGAAUUUACUUGUGAGAUGAUAGAGGAUGGUUCCGCUGUCAAAGGGAGUGAGCCGGACAAGGUUUCUGAGACUAAAAGAUUGCAAAGUAAAAGAAGAAAGGCAAAAGGGGGGAUGAGUACUUAA